AUGGGAAAUAUAAGCAGCACAGAGAUUCCCACAGGAAAAUGUGUUCUGCAGGCCCCAGAAGGCGAAGCGUUUCUAGUGCGAAGCCUGCCACUCCGUGUUGUCCAUUCCUGGUCGCUUCUUCCAGAUGAAGACAUGCGGACCGUCGAGAUUCCGAGAUUCCACGGGAUGGCCCCCGAUGCCAGCAUAACGCAUAACACGCCUCCUGCGCCUGCGCGGCAUAGAACGCUCGCGAGGAGAGCAGCUCUCGCGAGAGGCGCGGCCCAUAAAUACUUCCCCGCCGCCUGUUUCCGGCCUUCUAAUCGAGAACACCGGGGCGGUUUUGGCACCGGAGGCCGUGGAAGAGGCCGCGGACGAGGCCGGGGGCGCGGACGAGGCCGGGGGGCCCGAGGAGGCAAAGCUGAAGAGAAAGAAUGGAUUCCAGUCACGAAACUUGGCCGCCUGGUGAAGGACAUGAAAAUCAAGUCUCUGGAAGAGAUUUACCUUUUCUCGCUUCCCAUCAAGGAGUCUGAAAUCAUUGAUUUUUUCCUGGGCUCCUCUCUGAAGGAUGAGGUUUUGAAGAUCAUGCCCGUCCAGAAACAAACUCGUGCUGGACAGCGCACAAGGUUUAAGGCUUUCGUAGCCAUCGGAGAUUACAACGGCCACGUAGGCUUGGGAGUCAAAUGCUCCAAGGAGGUGGCCACAGCCAUUCGUGGGGCCAUCAUCUUGGCCAAGCUGUCCAUCGUGCCAGUCCGGCGAGGCUACUGGGGGAACAAGAUCGGCAAGCCCCACACCGUGCCUUGCAAGGUGACAGGCCGCUGUGGGUCCGUCCUGGUGCGUCUCAUUCCUGCGCCCCGCGGGACUGGCAUUGUGUCUGCGCCAGUUCCCAAGAAACUCCUGAUGAUGGCUGGCAUUGAUGAUUGUUACACCUCCGCCAGAGGCUGCACGGCCACCCUGGGCAACUUUGCUAAGGCCACUUUCGAUGCCAUCUCUAAGACCUACAGUUAUCUGACCCCUGAUCUCUGGAAGGAAACUGUGUUUACCAAAUCUCCUUACCAGGAGUUUACUGACCAUUUGGCCAAGACCCACGCGACGCGGGUGUCUGUGCAGAGGACUCAGGCUGCUGCUGUGGCGACUACCUAAAAGAGGCUGUACGUUCAAUAAAGUGACAUGACCAAGUCAAAUUUCUAAACCAA